CCUGCAACGAGAACGGAACGUUUUGUACGUGAUCGUGUACAAGGUUGGAAGACAAAAAAAAAAGAAUAACUACAGCAAAUUCAACAUUGAACGGAUUAGAAUCGCGGUUCAGUCAGUGUUCAGCAGCUUUUCCGGGAAUUGUGUUUUGUGUUUAUUUGCCUCGCGCCGUCGUCGUCGUUCACCGUAUUAGUGAGAAUUUGUUUUUAGUCAUUGGAUUUUAUCUGCUUCGGCGUAAAUUGUGAGUGGCCGUGUUGGGCUAUCAAGUUUAGUUUCUGCUGAUAGCGAUUUUUGAUUGUUUUUUUUUGCUCGAGAGCAAGCGACAAGUGUCUGUUUGGAACACGUGUGAAUCACCGCCCCCUCAUCAAGGUCCUCUCGCUCUGCGAAAGCGACGGGGGAGUAGUAUUGUAAUUCCGUGUGUACUGCAGUUGCUGUAAGGUCGGUCGGCUGAAGUGUGAGAAUUGAGCAAGUGAAUGCUGAAAAAAAUCCCAUUGUUUCACGGAAAGAGCGAGUUGAAGAAAAAAAAACAUUGUGCUCGUAUUCGUUCGCGCUGACGAGUGUAACAGUUGGUAAGUGAUAAAAAAUCGAAGUAUUUUCCACGAGUCAUUUGCAUUGAAAAGGGGAAACGGCAAAAAGCGUCUGGUUUUUGGUGCGAAGCGAAAACAGUUGAGUGUUUUCAGUUCUCGGAAAUAAUCGACAGCCAGUGACUGGGGGUUGAAACUGUUGGAAGUAAAACGUCAAUAAAGCAACUUUGCAACAACACAAAUAAAGAAACAAACUGGCAAAUAUCGACGAUCCAUCGCAGUGAUACCGAUUUGUGUACAAAAAAAACACUGAUAACAGAACAAGUGCAAGGGGAAAAACUGGAACAGAUCGGGACGCCCCUCGGUAUCAUCGUCGGUCCAAUUCGGAACCAACAAUAAAUAGAAAAACGACGUCAUCGCGUCACUGAUAAGCUGGGCUGUGCGCAAAGUCGUCGGGGAGAUAGAUAGAGCGAGAGACACAAAGAGAGCAUACCAACAAAGGACGGACUGGUGGAGACGGAUUUUUUUUUCGGACAAUAUCUGUUUACCUAUGACGUGACUAACACUUAGUACGAAACAAUUUCAACCAUCUGUAUGCAACCGAAAAGUUUUCCACACAACCAUAGUGACCAACAGAGUAACGCUCAGUGAAAACCCGGAACCGUAAUGCUACCGCAACAGUAUUGUCUCCGGUGGAAGUACCACCACAGUAAUCUGCAGACCAUGUUCUCCCAGCUGCUGGACCGAGGCUGCUUCUGCGACGUUACGCUGGCCUGCGAAGGACAAACGAUCCGUGCUCACCGGGUGGUCCUGUGCGCCUGCAGUACCUAUUUCGAUCAGCUGCUAACCAACUGCAGUACCACCGAGAAGGACCCGAUCAUAAUCAUGCGUGAUGCCAAGUUCGAGGACAUUAAAUGUCUGAUCGAAUUCAUGUACAAAGGUGAGAUCAACGUGGAACACGGAUCGUUGGCUUCGCUGCUUAAAACCGCGGAAGAGCUUCGGAUAAAAGGUCUAGCGGAGGUUAGUUGGCGGGACGAGGAGAAUUGUAGCACUGCUGGAAGUGAUACCAGCGGGAAUAAUAACAACAGUUUGAGAGUCAAAAAUGUGAACCCAGCAGCUAGUAAUAAUAACAAUAACAACAACAACAACAGUAUUAAAAUUGUGGAGACAAAAAAGUUACUAGCACCACAACACAAUCUCAGUAAUUCCUCGCUAACUCCGUUGACGGUGAGCAGUUUGGAAAGUCGGAUCUCCGAUUCGCCUAAUCUGCCACUGUUAACACCGCUGACCGCCGGUUCUCCUCGGAAUCCGGUCAAUUGUGCCUCUCCAAUCAACUACUUUAGCAAUAAAAAGAAACGUGGACGGCCUCCGCUUGACGAGGAAUACGACACCUUUCAACAACUGCCCAAGAUCUCCCACGUUGAAGGUGGUGCCGGUAGCUCUACUCCGUUCACGUCGAGCUCACAACUGGUAGCGGUCAUGAUGGAUGAUAGUUCGAACGACCAAACGAUACGAGACGAUCAUCAUCAACUGCAGCAGCAGCAACAGCAACAGCAGCAGCAGCUUUCGUCCCUGAGUUCUGCUGCGGCAGCCUAUCUGGAACAGCAGAGCCGAACCGUUCUAUCCGAUGGUAUGCAAGGAAUGGAUUUCGAUGAAGAUACCCACAUUCCUCGAAAACUGAUCCCGAAACUUGAACGGCCGGAUACUCCUCAGGAUUAUCUGUCCAACAUCGGACCCAAGUUCGAGUACGAUGACCAAUCACCGCCAAGUCCCAACGAUCAAAGCAACGCCGUAUUCCUUACCGCCCAAGAGCAGGAAGAGUGGAAAGAUGUUAUCAAGAUGAACGACUAUCUGACAAAGGGACGGCGGCCGCAGUUCUGGGAAGAGCCGUUCACAAAACGGGUCAUGGAUGGAAUCAAGAACAAAACGUUAGAGAUGAAGAAGGCGGCUAAGUUGCUGGGAGUUUCCUACGGUACCCUGUACGGCAGGUACCGGGAGACGUACGGGUGCCUCAAGCAUCCGUAUCGGGGCCCAUUCAUGGCAGCCUCAAGAAUGAGUAACAUGUGGCCAACGGCCAGUGAUGGUGCCAGCGUGGGGACCACAACCGAUAUCAUGAACAUGCUGCAGCGGGGCAUCAUCAGCCUGCCACGAGCAGCCGAACUAAUGCACACUACACCCUCGACUAUCAGCAGCUACCUGGAGCAACUCCAGGAAGUGACGGCUCAACCCGACCACGAUCACCUGGGUGCUAUGAGUGCCGGUAACGCCACCAACACCAGCUCCGAUGAUGACCGAACCCUUCAACAGAUGCCGGGUCUGUCGUUUAUGUCGUCCCACGUCGAACAGCAACUGCGGGUCAAACCGGAAAUCAGCAUAUCGGCACUGAAGAGAAGCUCACCAAGUUCAUCAUCCAUGGGAUCAUCGGGAGCGGCAAGUAGUAGCGGCGCGCUUAGCGCGAUACCUUCGACUUCGACUGCCGCGCAGCUAUCGACGAACACUUAGGGCGGGCGGAAGCGUUUGUCUCUAGUUUAAAGAUGGUCAAACAGGAAAAAAACAAUCGUUGCUAUAAGACUCGUUGACCCGCUACCGAGCAUGCCAUAAACAAGUUCGAUCUUAUAGCAAUUAAGAGAUUGGGCGUCUUUCCGUUCGGCAAACUUGUGGUACGUUUAAGUGGUUGUUCCUAAUGUGUCAAGUAGCGUCAGCGUUUGAGCGUAGGUUUUCCGAAUGGAUGGACAUCUGAACUGUGGUCGGUUUUGUACGAGAAAGAACUUAGCAAUAAGAAAAAAAAAAAAACAAAGUGGACUGAAACGAAAAAGGGUUGAUCCAGCUUUUUACGUUCUGUAAAGGUGUCCAUAGUCCUUUGCGUUCCCGGUCAGUCCAAUAGGAAAAUGAGCCUGAGUUUUGGCCCGCUCUAGCUUGGUAUUCCGGUUCCAGUGACACAACCGAUACUAACUAGCACCAGCCGGAACUCCGGCUUAAUGACAAGGCAUUAUUCAGAGAUUCAGCGUUGGAACUUGGAACGGGACUCGCGGAUGAAAGUUUUGUUUUUGCUUAUUUCAUCUUUUGUCUCACAUAGGCUCUCAUUCAGUCUCACGUGUUUUGAACGGAAUGGCUGCAUUUGACAGUUUCCGCUGGCGGUAUUUGACAAUAAGUCUUUUCGUAUCCACGAGUCCCAUCCCAGGUUGGAACGACUAAUAGAUAUCAAAAACUGUUAAAAGGGGAAGUCAUCUGACAUUUAAUUAGCAAGGGACUGGAUGACAUAAAGUAUUUUUUAAUAUUAAGAGCCAUAGUACUCAAGCCGGUCCUGACUCCUGCGGUAGAGGAAAAAGGGUUAUGUCGUCGGGAAACUCUAAGCUUGCUCAUUUGACCCUAUGCUAUGCCUUUCUAUACUUUCUUCCUUCAUUGUAUGGCUCAUUACAACAUAAAAAAACAUGACUCACUCUUAGCCGUUAUUAAAAAGUAAAAAAGAAAAUUAUUGCCAGAAGAGCCAUCCCUUGAUUGGCAGCUACUACGCGAUUAAUCUUAAAUAUGGAUAAAGCGGUUGCACAGUAUCGCGACACGGACCCAAUGUCGCGCCCUAGGAACUGCAGUAUUCUUUGAGUCGACCUGUUAACUUCAUGUCAAGAAUGGUAGCGUUCUUCCAAUGCACCUAGUAUUUUCGUAGAACCUGGAAGUACGGUCCUAUUCUGCGCGGCGUGUGACGACUAAUCUCACCUCACUUUACGUGACUUUUCUCACCCUAUUCUGAGAGUCGACUCGGGUGAGGUGAGAUUCCCCAUUGCGGUUAAAUGGGCGUCUCACGUCACCCGAAGUGACUCUUCAGAAUUGGGUGAGAAAAGUCACGUAGAGUGAGGUGAGAUUAGUCGUCUCACGUCACACGCCGCGCAGAAUAGGGCCGGUAUUCUCUGCAGCACACCUAAAGGUGACCCGCCUCAACAUCACCGAGAAAGGCGAGUACCUCCUCCACGGUAGCGGAGUCUUGAAAGUUGGAUCUCGAACAAACGUGCCGCUAUUGGAAAGUUGAUCGUGUACAGAGAUGGCAAAAGAUCGGCGAAGUUGUGUCGUCAUGUGGCUGCGAUCAUUGCCCCUACUGUGCUUCGCAUGCUGGGUGUACCCGCUGACGGAAAAACUUGACACACUAGUACAGCAAUAGAACGACUUAUCAAAAUGGCUAAGGCGUUACUUUUCUAUGACCAAAUCAACAACGAGAAUUUAGAUUUCGUCGAAGGUCUUCCGAAGUAUCGGCAGUGUUACUAGCUUUUAGGCCAGUAUUUGGGAGUCCCCCGUACAACAUCACGAAAGGCUACCGUGGCUAAGGUGCGAGGACGAAAUGUCAGCUGUCUUCGUCGAAACCAAUGAUAUACGCGAGGCUAUAUGGUACCUUAGGAAUUGGGCGGCAUCUUAGCCAAACGCUGUCCAAAACUUUUGAUACAAUAAGCUGACCGUUGUUCAUUCCACGAUGGCUAUAUGUUUCAACACGCUUAUUACCGGAUUUCAUCGCUCGUGGUGCCACAAUUCUCUUCCUCAAGGACAACAACACGCCCAACCUAUCGAAGAACAGACCAAUUACCUAUCUAGCAAGUCUACACAAGAUCAUGAGCACCUUCACCACCACAUACAUAUAGACCCUCUGUGAAUAGAGUAGCAUCUUGACAAAGGGGCAGAAGGGGUGCAAGAAAAACACACAAGACUGCAAAGAUCAAGCCAUCUUAGAUGCAGUCAUUGUUGGAUAAGUAGUGUGUAACAAACGGAACCUUAGUAUAGCCUAUAUCGAUUACAAGAUGGCAUACAACUCCAUACUGCACUCGUUCUUUAUCAAGAUAUAGGAGGAGAUGUAUAAAGUUGAUCGUGUAGUCCUGGGGUUGCGGAAUAGGUUUAGCUGGGCCUGAGUGAAGAUUUGUCGUCUAUUUCUAAAAAUCUUGAAUCGCGGCUAAUUGUGAUCAUGUCCGUCAUCGUCUCAGCAAAUUUAUAACCCUAGUGGACAUCAGAGUAUCCGAUGAAGUCUCGUCAACGGAAUGCGGUGGAAGUCGAUUCUGUAAUCACCGCUUGGGUACUUGGGUCCCCGGUAUUUUUUUCGUCCUGCUGUGCUUGUGAUGGGAGGGGUACAGCAAUUCCAAACCGAUUUUUCUCGUAGUCCGUGUUCGUCAUGUAUGUAGCUCGUCAUUGUUUAUAUCCGAACGGUGAUUUGAAGUUGGGUUUGUCGGAGGUGCAGAUAUCGCCUCAACCAAUUAACUUCCUGACACGUUUCAGUCACGGCGACGUAUUCAGCUUCCAUUGUCGAAAGUCUUCCCCAAUUCCACAAUUCUGUCGACAGCUUACUCAGCAAACUACUCCACCUCCACAGAAGACGACACAGCCAGUCGUCGACUUUCUGGUGCUCUUAUCUACUGCCUAGUCCGAAUCCGAGAACGCCGCAAACUCUACAGUUUCUUUGUCUCCAAGCCGCGAUUUCCAAUCACAGGUGUCUUUUAGAUACCGCUCCACUUGCUUUGCAAUGGUCCAGUCAAUCUCAGUGGGGGCGCUAAACUUCCGGCCAAGAAUCCCGAUCCCACUCGUCGCUAUGUCCGGUCGGGCACACACCGCUACAUAGAGAAGUGAGCCAACCACGCUCCUGUACUUUGUACCAUUCUUGAACGAUAUGUUUUCAACUUCAUCUUUCAGAUAGCCUGUGACCAUGGACGUUCUUGCUGGUUUCGCAUCCCUGCGGCCUUCUUUGGCCACCAGCUGGUCAAUGUAGUUGGUCAUUCUCUUCGAACUUCUCAAGCUCAACGAUUUUGAGAUGUUGGCUCAGGUACUUCUGGACACACGAUACAUCGGCCUCGCUCAUAUAUCCGACAAGGAAAUCGUCCACGUACCGUUUAUGGUGGCCACGAAUAAACACGGAUCAGCUGAACUUGCUUGGAAUCCCAACUGUGUUUGAACACCGGUAAGCUUCCGAUUCCAACAUCGACGAGGCUGUUUAAGUCCAUAGAUACUUCUUCGAAGUCUACGAACGAGCUCCUUUUUGCCACGAACUUCGUGGGUGUCUGACGCAUGUAAAUCUCUACCUCUAUGUCUACGUAAAGGUAUGCAAUGCGAAUUUCCAAAUACUCCAGUACCAUUAACAGCCAUAGACAGCGGAAAUCGGAGUGUGGCAUGUUUAGUCACAUGGAUGAACACUUCUUCGCAGCCGACGCCGUAGCACUGCGUGAAUCACUGGGUAACGAUUUGUGUUUUCUAGUGAACAGCUUAGUUCUGUUUCAUCUUGUAGACCCAACUCAUUCGCUGCUAGUAUGACUUGAUUAGCCUAUCCAUAGCUACCUUUCACGAAACUCAGUCCGGACUAGACACUGCUAGCUGGAACGUCGCUGACUCUUCCGGCUACUACGUGACAAUGCCUACCAUAUAAUUCAGCAAUCAAAUCACAUCUGCCUUCUUCACUGGACACUUUGUCGUGUCUCACCUCCUUCCCCGGCAAACGAAAAAAUUCACCCCCACUGCAUGAUGUUUUUAUAGCGUUUAAAAUGAGUUCAACCCAUGAAAAUAGCAUCAACAUGGACCUGAAGAUCCCGUUUGAAAACCACAUUCUAGAAUAUUGAUGGGCAUUUGAGAUCAUCAUAUGGUAUUUUGAUGGUUGUGAAGUUAUUCAUGGUAUCUCUAUGGGGUUGUGUGGUGUUUGAACCCAAGAGAAUUGGCUCGGGUUCCCCGCGAGAGGAGCUUCAUUCGGGUCUUCUCAGUCACUUUCAUCACUCGCUGUUUCUUCGCUACCAUGGGCCGAUUCCUCUUACAUUAUCUGUUACUUCGAUUUCAUCUCCGGAAUAGGCCACUGAAUCUCACUACUAGGCGAACUGUCGACGGUUGUCAAUUCCAACCCUUGCAUCACGGUUUAUUGUGAUCUUUUCAGAUAUUGUUUCAACAAAUCGGUAACCUUAGUCCACGAAGAUGAACCGAAGCUUCUGCGUUUUGCUGCCAAACGUGACGUAAAUCGCUCCGCACAAUAUUUUAACCGACGUGAAACCGUUUGUUGGUGUUGUGAGCUUAAUGUCCGCUGCGCUGGAGAUUCGACAGAAUUAGUGUUACCGUCAUCAGCUCCCAGCUGUCCUUGAGCCCCUGGGCCCCUCCACAUACGCGGAGUCCCUUGACUACGUUGAGUCAGCAUGCUAUCCCUCGGUGCGACCCCCAAAACCGUCGCCAACGCUGAAACCCGUCGAGAUGUAAACCCAUUCGAAGAUGCCGAAACUUGACUCGCAUCCAUUCACAGCAACCCUUGCAGGAUUUUUACCGACGUGAAACUACUUGUUGGUGUUGCUAAAUUAGUGCUUGUUUCUCGCUGCGUAGCCGGUCUACAUAUGACCGUCGCCGCGAUGGAACCCGUCGAGAUGUGAACCGAUCUGGAGGAGCCAAAAGACCUGGUUCACGUCCCUUCACGGCCACACUCAUAGGGUUUAUACCCGACUUGAUCCAAUCGCCCAUAUCUUGCUAGUUGGUGUUGCAAGAUUGCUGUUCUAUUCGCCACUUUCUCUGAAGGUCCGACAGUAUUAGUGUCACUACUCUGCUGGCGGCAUUCCAUGUGCCUGUCACAAUAUUAUCUACGUUAAGCGAAGGUAUCUCCCUUCGCGCUGCGUCGAAUCUAAGACAGACGAGGACAACACUCCGGCCAAAGGGUGACACAGCGUAUCCGAACCGAUUUAGGUACUGUUUGAAACAACCAUGACCAGACAGGAACUACAACAGAUAUAAGGUUUUUUCACCACGCCUCUUAUUUACCUAUGUCGAGAGAACUGGUAUGCGUCUGAGUCUACGUUCCUUUUUUCGACGAGUUUCAAUCAUUUGGCUAACGAGUCAGCUCUCAUUGUUUUCCGUAUUCUACUGGUUCCCUUCCGCUUAUAGCAUUCAUUAUCUUUCCUAGAACGAUGAUGCCGAUAGGGAUCAUUUCAGCGAUAACGUAGACUGAGAUAGUCCUGUACGCGCUCGCGACCCGCAUGGCCAUGAGCCUAAACGCAGUGUUCAGCUUUGCUCGAUUCCGCUGUCUCCAGCCCUGCUACCCAGACAGAGCCUUCGUACGUCAGUAUCGACGAUGAUUCGUUAGCCAGAAGACGCCUUUUGUUACUGGUUGGCCCGGCGUUGAUCCUCGUGGGGCUUACCGGGUUUAGGUAGUAGCAUUGACUUCUGUAUCUUCCAUUUGCCAUGAAAGUAGCCCUCGUUUAGAAGCUUUUGAAUCCCUUUUCUGAACACAUCUGGGAGUGUCUGUACUGCAACUAUCUAUGCGUCGUUGGAGACUUCAUCUGGUCCGGGUGCUUUCUUCACCUUUAAACCCUUUGCCAAUGCGACAAGUUCCUCACUGGAGACUUGUAUCACUUCGGCAUUGUCCCAUUUUACUUCACCAGGUCAUUGGAUUGUGCUCCGGAAACUUUCUCCGCUUGACGUCAGUCAGGCAUCUGCACGUAGUCUGGACAAUCAUAUACUUUUAGAUGGCUAAGUGUUUUUUGCCGCCUCUCUUGUCUUGUGACGAAUCAGGAGCAUCGUUGUCGCCAUUACCAGCAGCGAUCGAUUCUUUCGCUCAGAUACACCGUUCUGCUGUGGUGUAUGCGCUGUGGUGUACCGUACCUUGAUGCUUUCCUUGGCAAAGAGGUCUCGCAGCUCCUUGUUAGUGAAUCACAUUCGCCGUCCGAGUAGAAAAUGUGUGGUAUUCGGUUAAAACGAUUCUACACCAAUCGAACAUACUCAGUAAUUAUUCCCGGUGCUUCCGACUACUUCACCAGCAAAUAAACGAUGGUUAAAUGGCUACAGUCAUCGUCACCGGAAACCGCUUACUGCUGGGCUUCGUUGUCCGCAUUGGUCCGGAUAGAUCAGUUUGAACCAGAUCUAACACUUUCGAUGACGUUCUGUCGGCUACUUAGGGGAUCGGAUUCCUUCCAGCUUCCCUUCAAGGCAAGACUCGCAACACUCACGGAUGCCACAGUCGGGAAUGUUUACUCGGUUACCCAACUUCUCAUCACGAGUCCGUGAAUGACACUUUCUUCGACGUUUCCGCUAUCUUCAGUCGGUACAGGUAAUCUGGACGCUCUCCAACUAACGUCGAUAAGCCGGUAGCGCCACGUAUCUCGUACCCGUCCUCUUUAAAAACAGCAAUGGAUCCACUCGUCGUCAGCUUGUCUACCGACACUAGGUUACUUAGCAUCGACGGAACGUAAAAAACAUCAACAAGCUUCAUGUCGAUUCCAUCACCUUGACUGGGCUGGAUGUUCAUCCUGUGGUGUUAAACUGGCGCCCAGGUGGCGAAAUUGUUGGCGUUCAACGGGGAAAUGGAGUGUUGUUAGUAAAUAUUUAUUUCCCAGAUUGUAUAUUCGGAAGGUUCCGGUAAUAAUCCUAUGCCCUUCAGGAAUAUCUUUCUAUGUUUUCCAGUACCAUACGGCUUGGCUGCAUAAUCGAGGCUUGGGAACCGAAGUGGCACAACGCCGCUGAGGAUCUGCCGGACGAGGUGGCUACCUACCCAGAGCACGCGUAAAAAGUUAUGUGGUGUAGUCACAUUGAGUGGUGGAAUCAAAAGAAAAUUGGCAACACUAUCAAAAUGUAAACAAGAAUGAAUUUCGACUAGUUAUGAUUCGAACCACGGGCCUAUUCUCAGUCACGUGACCUAUUGACUAAAAGAAAUUUUCCUUCUAGUCACUAGGACAUAACCGUGGGAAUGCGGCCCCUAAUAAUAGGGGUUCCUUUACUGUUCAUAUCAAGCGCUGUAGGUUUGCCAUAUCCGGCUGUUUUCGACACUUUUCUUUCUGCCAAGAAAACAUUCGGACCUAUGCGUCGACAAAAUAAACCUUUCGUCACCUGUCAUGUGAUCUUCCUCUCUUCGCUCUAGGUGACCCGACUUUCCACAGUGGUUACACUUCCGAUCCUGCACGAUACCAUGUUGCGUCCCUUGUCUCGUUGAACACUUCAUCGCGUUCAUUUCACUCUUUGAAGUGCCAUUUUUUUCCUGUCUUCACUCAUGUUCAUCGAACAACUUUGGCUUCACCAGUACCAUAGUUCAGUCCAUAUCCGGCUGACUUUCCAUGGCUGUACUAGCCCACCGUAGGAGUCCGGCAAACUACGAAGAAUCAUCAGGUUCUACUAAAUCUUGCCCCGCUGUCAAUAAUCUGUCAUUCGACACCCUGUUAGACGAGCAUAGUUUCUUUAGCAAAGAAACUCGGUGUCUUCGACGAUUUUUCAUGAUAAAGGGCGAACACGAAAUUAUUGCGACACCGAAAAUGUCAUGCCAAUUUUCUUAUAAUGUUUUAAAUCAAACCAAAAUUUUAGGGUACCUUUAUACAUAUAUUUACUUCAAAAAUCAAAAGAAAAGUUAAUCGAUGGAGCCUUGAGUGUAAAAUUGAACGCAUUUUCACUUGAUGCCCUCCAUCAAAGUCUUUACAGUGUCAUCCGGUACCAGUUUCUCAGUUUUUUCCAUUUUCUUAACAUGUCCUUCUCGUCUUUGACUGUCUUCUUGUUCUUCCGAAGUUUCCGCUUCAUCAUUGCCCAGUACUGCUCCACCGGGCGCAGCUCCGGACAAUUUGGCGGAUUCAUGUCCUUUGGAACAAAAUGGACAGAAUUGGCGUCAUACCACUCCAGGACACUUUUAGAAUAGUGGCAUGAUGCCAAAUCUGGCCAAAAUAGCGGAGCUUCGUCGUGCUGCUGCAAGAACGGCAAAAGGCGCUUCUUGUAUGUAUGUAGUCCAGCUCUCUUCUUUGCAUUCUGGACGUAGCUCUGCGACAUACCGAUCUUUUUAGCCAAAUCACGGAUUGAGACGUUGGGAUUUGCAUGAAUCAUCCGCUUCACCUUUCCCUCCGUCUUUUCGUUCUCCGGUCCCGGUUUUCUUCCAGCUCCUUUGCCGUGGUCCAAUGUCAACCGCUUCAACUUUCUGGAGACGGUUGAAUGGUGAAUGUUCAACAUUUUUCCCAACUGCCGGUGCGACAGGUCAAGAAAUUCCAGAUGUUUGGAAAAAAAUUGUUCUCUCGACUCGCGUUGGUUCACCUCCAUUUUCGUUGAAUCGAAAAACACGACUUCGAGUUUGACUGCAUGUAAACAAUACACAUCAAUGAGAAAGUGUGCAAAAUUUGGUUGAUUUUUACCCAAUUGUGAAAAAGUUAUGCCCUGUUGAAUGUGUCGCAAUAAUUUCGUGUUCGCCCUUUAGUCACGUAACAGAUCUCAAAAUUCUUUCACUGUAUUACCAAUGCAGUGAAAGAAUUUUACGAUCGGUUGCAUGCCUAUUCACAAGGCUAAACUGGCUAUCUGCCAAACUCAAGCCGCUCUUCGCAUGAACCGUUUAUUCGUUUUUGAUCCACUGUGCCGUUACCGGCUCCGGUUUUGCGUCGACUAUCGCUCUUCCACCAUCAACGAAAUUUCUAUGCGGAAUUUCCAAAGGAAAAUUUUCCCAAAUCCGCCAUCUUCACACAACACAAGAGGCGCAUACGCGACGCGAAAAUCAAGCCACUUUGCGGGAUCACUUUUUCUCACCUUUCGUAACUUGCUCUGGGCCCAUAACCUGUUGGCCGACAGAGUUAGGGCAGAGCGCUAGCGGAUACACAUGUUUUGGUUUCGGAUAGGUCACAAAACAGACGACGAAGUACAUUGUACGAUAGGACAAUGAAUUUCACUUAUUCAUGAUGAUUGUUGUUGUCAUCGUCUUCUCUUCUAAUAAAAAUAAAAACACAAUGUUGCCAGAAGAACUAAACUAACGACGCUCAAUCCCUCUGGAUAAAGACUCGACACGUCAAUCGUUUGUUUACCAUGUAUCUGUCAGUGUCAUUUCAAUCGAGCAAGAGACCUGUCAAUGGCCCUCGUUCCAGAAGGAUUCAAAGCGAUUUUCUUCGGAUUGACUGCUUUGACAGGUCUCGUGCUCGAUUGGAAUGACACUUACAGAUACAUAAUAAGAAUAAGAUAGAGAUGGCGAGUCUUUGUCCAGAGGGAUUCAGCGUCUUUAGACUAAACAUAUGCCCAGUUAAACUCAUUCCGGAACCGGUUCGGAUUUCUGAAUGGGGUCAUUAUGGAUUCCAAAUCAAAUGCAUCAACCGAUUCCGACUCAGAAUCGGUUGUUACAUUUGAUUUGGAAUCCAUAAUGACUCCAUUCAGGAUUCCGAUUCAAAUGCCGAAUGGUUUGACCGGGUAUAACCUAGGGGUAAGAAUGUCAAUAAGCUAGUGACGGGUGAGACAUUGUAAAUGCCUUCAAAUAAUUUAUUUGAGACUCACCCUAGAAGUGUCCAUCGGUCUGAGGAAACGUUUGGAGGGUUGGUGAUCCAUCAUGAUCACGACGUCGUGCUUCGACGGAAAGAUGUUUUCAGCUGCUCCUUCAGCCACACCUUCUGGGUGACUGGCUGCUGCUCAAACACUACCGGCCUCGACUGUCGUUUCAGCAUAACAAUGUCCAAGUUUAUUCAGGAACUUCUUCACCGUUUAGCCGGUUCGAUUACCCGGCCUAAUGCGUGGAAUAAUGAGGCCAACUUGCCGUCGGUUUUCCUCUUCAGUUUCUGCUGCAUUUUACUGGUCACGUACCUUCGCCGAUCGACGCUCUCCUGUUGUGUCUCUAGAAGGUAGCGAAUGUUGUAUUGCGCACUUCCCACCAACCUGGACUCCGCAUUUUCAUAGUGCAAGUGAUCAAACUGCUACUGAAAGCUGCGAGCUGUUAAAACACAUGUAUUUCAAGUGAUAGAGAUGGCACUUCCAUAGACAGACCAGUCGAACUAACCAGUCUAUGAGAAGAAUGUAAUAGAAGAAUAGUAGGUGCGCCGUGCGAUUAGAAUCCAGUUUUUUAAUGCCGCAAGCAAUAAAUGCCGGAUCCUCUGUAUCCGGCGUACACGGUGUCUCACUGUGUCCAACUUCUUAGCUCCGAGGUGGAGCUGGUAGUACAAACAAAUCACCGAGCGUAGUUGCUUGACUGGUUUUCGCCAUGGCAACUGCGAAUCAACUCAUAAAUAACGUUGUAAUUUUUUUUCUGUGCACAACAGGGUUGCUACGAUUAGCGAUGCAUCCAGAUGGUUGGAUAAACGAAUGAAAAUCGCUAAAAUCUGUCCAGAUUUUUAAUGCAUAGUUUAUUUUAUUUCGAAUAUCAGUUCGGCUACUGAAUUUGAAUGUCUAAUAUGAAAUGUGUCACCUCUUUGAUAUGCUAGUAUAUGCUAGUCCCACGACACUGAAUCGCUUGAGAAUCGCUUUCUAAUGCCGUAUUUGCUUUCCUUUGAAACUCUCGACAAACAUGUCAAAUGGUCCUGAGUGCAAAUGAGAGCCUCUCUUUGUUUACUUUCUCUUUCGAUUAUUACGGCGUCAGCAUAAAACUUUUCAAUAUUGUUUCAGGAUAUAUCGAAGAACGCUGAUUUUGACUAGCAUAUUAUGCUAAUAAUUAAUGAACAAACGUAUGAACGGACGAGUUAUUAGCGAAAGAGAAAGUAAACAAAGAGAAACUGUCAUUUUCACUUAGGACCAUUUGGCAUGUUUGGCUAGAACUGACUCAAAUUCGAGCCCAAGCCGCUGUCAGUUCAUACAUUCUGAUAGCGGUUGAGGUUAGAACUUGACUGAGUUUCGUCUAAAGUAAAAACCACCAAAACCACAAAACCGAAAAAAUGAAUUGAUUAGGUCUUAUGCAGUUACAGAAUCAGCAAUGAAGUUCCAGUAAAAAUGAACUAGGUUCUUUUCCUCGUACAAAACUGACACACCAUUCCGAGCGACACGGAAAAGUUGAAUGUGAUCCUUUGUGAAAUAUAUUAUUUAUAGUUUUAAACAGGAACGGUUCAGCGUUUUUUUGCUGCCAGAAAAUGGAGCUGUAGUAAUAUUAGACAAUAGGUACAGAAAUUCGUUAAUUUGAUUAAUCAAGAUUUGAAUCGUCUUGUUAUCAUGGAUCAAAGUGCGUAGUUGGCACAGUUAGUCGCUACAUUUUGUCUUGACUAGCCACACUGCUCCGCCAUAAGCGUCAGCAUACCAGAGGGUAGAAAUGAAUGGUGUCAAAUAUUGUCGCAUUUUUCCAUGUCGUGUAAUGGUAAUCAUUAGGUUUGUUCCACUACACGGAAGUCACUCCGGAGUAAACAGGAGCAAAAAAUCUUUGCUCCUUUUUACUCCGGUUUGCUACCAGAAGAAGAAAAAAGAGAAGAAGAGAGUACAGGAACGCUUUUCUCCGGAGUACUUCCAGUUUCUCCUGGUACUGGAACAGACCUAUUAUCAUUUCAAAUCACCUUAAACGCAACUCCAUUUUCAGCAUGAAAGCGUUUCUGAACCACCCUUCUCACUAGUAAGAAAAUAAUUUAAAAAAAAACAAGCAACCGUCAGUUUCAUUGUGAAUGAAACAGUGUUCCCAACGAGAGAGAGAAUAUCCGAUCCGUAGAAGAAUUAUUAUACUUUAGUUCCGGCCUCGGCCUAUUAUUCAUAGGUUUAAUUGUUCCACUAGUUUUUUAGUUUUUUCCCCCGUUAGUGAGAAUCUUUCGUACUUCAAUCAAUUUGUGGGCUAUUAUUUAGGUUAGGUUUUAUGGAAAAAGGUGCUUUCUUCAUAGUGUCCCACUAUUAAUUAGUAGGAAAACUCGCGCGGGUCCUUCGGAGUUCGUCGGUCUUUUGAAAAGAGAAAGAGGAGUCUCCACCGCGUAAAACAAUGCCAUCUCGUAGAGGUUAGGCUAUAAGACACACAUACACACACACGUUGUACAUUGUAUAGUCAGCCAUUCAUCAUCCGGUCAUAGGUUUACAAAAGACACACAAUCAACUAGAAGAAGCUUUUCAAAUAGCCAAAUUAUAGUAUUUCUUUGAGUUGUUUUAUAUAUUUUGGUUAGGAGAGAGGGAUUAUAAUUUCAUAUUAAUGGUUUGGAUUUUUUGUCUAAAACCGACUGAUCUGUGAGGUAGUUUUAACAUGGUGAUAUUUCGUAAUGACAUGAAUGAUUUUCUCGUAUACCUUUCCCAACUAUCAGUGCUAAGAAAUCCGUGAAAAAAUAUUAAAAGAAUCAUGUAAAAAACCAAUAAAUUUUACAACAUUCCAGACAGCAUUAUGAACUGCUUAGACACUCGUCUAACUAAACAUUAAAGCAGGCGGUGAACUAAUAAUUCUAUUCUAUUUGCUUAGUACGUAAGGUGUAACUUGUUGUCUAUUUCUGUUUGUGUUCGUGUACAUAUUGACAGUUUCGGAAACACAUCCCCAGAAAAUAGUGGACAUUCAAAAAUCGUUAUAAAAUAAAACCAACCGUAAAGGCAAAUGAACAAAUCAAGGUAUUCUUAUUUUUUCUAUUUAGUAAAUAAAUCACAAACACAAACAAAUAUGUAAGUAAAUCAAGACAUAACUAUAUGCCGAAUGAAUCUUUCAUUGUCACACCGACGAAAAGACGAAGUUUCCUUUUCUUAUGUUGAACAUGUAACCGAAUGUGCAAUCACUAUAACACUAUAACAUAAAUAAGUAAUGACAAAAAUCAGAAACAAAUCAGCACAUAAUUAAAAACUGAUGUACUUCUCUUCUCGGGGAGGACGAGUAAAAAUCAAUUUAACUGCAUCGAGUAAGAUAAUAGGCGUUCGAUAGGCGAUAUUUAAAAAAAAACACAUAUUUAAACAGAAGUGAAAACGUGCCUAUAUGGUUUCCCAAAAACUACAAAUAUAAAGGAAAAUAUAAACAUUAAAUGGAGAGUAACUUUUUUGUGGAGAGCAGUAGUUAAGAAAUGAAGUCACCGGCAGAUGUGAAAUGGUGUAUUUGUAAGUAAAUUUGCGUACUUUGUGGGUUCAUGCAAGCAAACCCACGAACAAGAAUAAACAAAAUCAUGGUGAAUUGAAA